AACGGCUUCUAGGCCUCGACCGCUUCAUUCGUGUAGCGAUGACUCACUGUGAAAGAUGGAUAUCUGACUGAACACAGAACUAAAACAGUUGGUGAAGAAGCGUGCGUGUUCUGCUUUAACUCGGUAUUUUUCAUGGGAUCUUGUUUUGUUUUACAGUUUUGGAUCAAAAUGGCUCCGGAUGAAAGCUUUAGUGUUGCGCUUAAGUGAAUCAAGGCGCAGAUUCACGGGGCGCGCAGGACGUGGUCACGGUUCAGCCGAGCCCGACCCCUAGAGCCCAGUAGGGUGUGGGCUCCAUCCAGCUGCCGGCGCGGUAUCUCUCCGCUCCAUCAGCAACACUUCCCUUUUCACUCUGCUCCGGCGUCGAAAAGCAAUCACACGUAUAAGAGUUGGCCAACUUGCCUUUAAUGUCCAACAGUAAAAGGCGCACUUGGAAGUAGGCUGUAUGUAUCUGGAUUAUAUGAAGUACAAUGUUGUGAUGGGGUUUUGGAAUUCAGGAAUUUAAUCUAGGGGGAUUAUGUGAUGGAUUAUAUUAUUUAAUGGAAACUCGAAAUGUAGUUUGGGAUGGGAAAUCUAAAUGUAUAAUGUAAAAUAUCGACUCCGAAUGAGGUUAUAUCGAGUACAAGCUCGAGCUAGGGUAAGGAAUUCAGGAAUUUAAUUCUGGAAAUUUAUAUUUUUUAUAUAUAAUAUACAAAACGUAACUUCAAAAAGUAUUAUGGGGAUUCAAAACGUUUAACUUCCACUAUCCGUCACCAAACAACGUGAAAUGCCUUGCAUCCAACAAGAAGCGAGCCAGGUACCGUAGCAUGAUCUAAAAUGAAGUUAUGGGGACAUCUGCCGACCAAAUAUUUGUUGUAUUUGAAAUGCGAACUAUACAACUAGGCCAAUAUAAAAAAAACAUUGAGGUUCAGAUGAAAGUAACCAAGAAUAAUAAAGUAGUGAUAUAUAUGUAGGACAAAAUAAUGAUGUGGGCACACAUGUUGCAAAAUUAUAUAUGUUUACUGCUGUAUAUAAAUAUGUAAAUAUGUUUGCAUCCCUUGUUGACCAAGAGAUGGCGCCAUUUCACCUUUACUGAAUCCGCAGGCGGCCACAAGAAUCCUCUACUUCCCUCUCUCCUUUCCGUUUACAAACGUAGUAGACGACACUCGGAGAAAUCCACUCGACCACGCGGUUUUCCAACAUCGAUAUCAUUGUACACUCACUAAAAAAAACAAAAACCACUAAAAGUUAUCCACCCUCAAAAUGAUUCCGACUAGAAAGGGCUGCUGUGAGCAUGCGCACUGACUCGGUUCCAUGGGGACGGGAGGGAGGACAUCACGGAAAACUGGCCGCAUCAGAACCCCACGCUGAGAUUCAUUUGACCAUCGCCAUCGCACGACGACCAGCCACCACUAUGUUUGACGCGGCGUUGAACCCGGUUAACCACCUGACGCCCCGGGCGGGGACUAGCCGUCUGGUCUGAACUUGGGUCCCUGGUAUCAUAUGGAAGCAGCAUGCGGGAAAUGGUUGGAGGUUGCUGCGUGUGUUCCGAUGAGCGAGGCUGGGCUGAGAACCCGCUGGUGUACUGUGAUGGACACGGCUGCAGCGUCGCCGUACACCAAGCAUGCUAUGGUAUUGUCCAGGUUCCGACUGGGCCUUGGUUCUGUCGUAAGUGCGAGUCGCAGGAGAGGGCGGCCAGAGUGAGGUGUGAGCUUUGCCCUCACAAAGAUGGAGCGCUGAAGAGGACCGACAGUGGAGGCUGGGCCCAUGUUGUGUGUGCGCUCUACAUCCCAGAGGUGCAGUUCGCCAACGUGCUCACCAUGGAGCCCAUAGUGCUGCAGUACGUCCCCCACGACCGCUACAUCAAGACCUGCUGUAUCUGCGAGGACCACGGGAGGGAGAGCAAGGCGGCGUGCGGGGCCUGCAUGACCUGCAACCGGCAGGGAUGCCGACAAGCCUUCCAUGUCACCUGCGCCCAAAUGGCGGGCCUGCUGUGCGAGGAAGAGGGCCCCGAGGCGGACAACGUGAAGUACUGUGGCUACUGCAAGCACCACUACAGCAAGAUGCAGAAGAAGCUGCGCUCCAGCGAGAACACGGGCGGCACCUUCAGCCACCCCCGGGGUGCCCCCAGCCCCCCGUCCCAGGAUAAACACCACCACCACAAGCAGCGGAAGAGCCACAAGGACAAGACGCGACCCAAGGAGCGACACAAGAAGAGUUCAGACGGUCUGGGGUCCCUCGGGACCGGCAGCAUAGACAAGGUAGGGGCCCCCCAACGGCCCCGGCCUGACGCCUUGAUCCACCUCUCCCCGCUUUCUUCCAGUCACCACAUCGGCAGCAAGGACAGUGAAGGCAAGUCCAAGAAGCUGAGCUCUCACGGUCUUCCUCACCGCAGCAAAAAGACUGGGAGCAACGGCAAGAGCUGCUCCUCUUCCUCCUGCUCCUCUAGUCCCUUCAACACAGGCAACUCCUUGUCAGCCCAGGACUUCCACCACUUCUCCUCGCCCUCCUCCUCCUCCCGCCCAGAAAGGGACCACGAGAGGGGGCGAAAGGAGGAGCGCAAGGAGGACCGCAAGGAGCGGCACAGGAGGUGCCAGGUGCAGGAGGAGGUGGAGGAAGAGGAGGAGGAGGAGGAGGAGAAGGCGGAGGAAAAGGAGGAGGAGGAUGAGGAGGAAGACGAAGAAGAGGAGGACGGUAAAUACCACAAGCCCCCGGCGCUGACUCCCAUGGAGGGGCCCCUGUCCGGGCCCCAGGGCCACGAGCGCCCGGAGGGCAACGGGAGCCCCUUCGAGACCAAGGUGACCAUCUCCACCUUCGGCUCCAUCAUGCGCAUCACCUCGUCCUCGGCGCUCGGGAGCAGCAGCAAGAUCCGCAAGAUCUCCUCCUCCUCCUCGUCGGGGGAGUACAAGCCGUCCCGGUCGCUCGGCAAGCCCUCCCACCUGACCACGCCCCCCAUCCUGGAGGAGGCGGACCCCGAGGGCCAGGCCACGCCCCCGCCGCCGCCGCCGCCGCUGCCGCCGCCCCCCCGCGAGCGGAGGCACCGGGGCAGCAAGAAGAGCCGGCACGGGCCGGGGCGCCCGCGGGGCAGCAAGAACCGGGAGCGGCGGGGGGCCGGCGUCGGCGGGGGCGAGGGGGAGGAGCGGCACCAUCACCGCCACAGCUCCGCCCCCAGCCCCGCCCCCCCCACCAUGGCCCCGCCCACCCCGGGCUCCUCCUCCUCGCUCUACUCCUCCACGAUGCCCUCCGCCGCCCCCCAUCCCGCCUUCCCCUCCGGCCUGCCCCCCCUCGCCAACAACUCCUCCGCCUUCUCCUCGUCCUCCACCUCCGCCUCCUCCUCCUCCUCCACCUCCUCCUCCUCCUUCACCUCCUCCCUCAGCUCCACCUCCGUCGCCGGCUCGUGCUUUUCCGGCGGCUUCUCCGCGAGCCGCGGCAGCGCCUUGCUGGGUUCGGGCAUGUACCCCAGCCUCAAGGAUCCCCUGUCCCUGGGGGGCGGCGUGUGCGGCCCCCCCCUGUCCCUGGGGGGCGGCCUGUGUAGCAGUACCUCUCUGUCCCUGGGGGGCGGCGUGUGCGGCCCCCCCCUGUCCCUGGGCGGCGGCCUGUGUAGCAGUUCCUCUCUGUCCCUGGGCGGGGGCGUGUGCAGCACGGCCCUUUCCACGGGGCUCCUUCCGUCCCACGUGGCCACGCUGUCGUUCCCCUCCGUCAGCCCUGCUGCACACACACGGGCUCCUCCAGGCUCCACCUCUUCUUCCUACAACCUGACCUCCGUCCAGCCGUUCGCUAACUGCUUCUCCGCGGCCCCCUCACUGCCACCACUACUGAGCCAGGCCCAGACCUCUCUGCCAGAGUCUGACCUCGAUGACUGUCGCUUCCCAUGCCAGGCCAACUCACCCACAGAGAGCCUCUCCUCACAGUCCCCCAUGAGCUGCCUCCCCCUGCUGUUCGACCUCCGGGACGGCCUGGGCCUGGGGCUGGGCGCCCGCCCGGAGAACGUACCGGCCGCCAGCGCCCACAUCGAGCUGCUGCUGGAGAAGCACGGCAACGGGGAGAUGGGCGUCAACAUCGUGGACAUGCUGCAGUCGCUGCACUCCCUACAGCAGGAGAACCAGAGGCUACAGGACCAGAUCCUGGGCCUGGCCGCCAAGAAGGAGCGCCUGCAGCUGCUCAACGUGGACCUGGCCGCCCCCUUCCCCCCCCACGGCCACCCGGGCUCCCUGUACGCCCCGGCCCAGGUCAACUUCCUCUCCUCGGCCCACGAAACCCUGUGCUCCAAUAAGAGUCCUCUUUCCAAAGCCUGCUUCCUGAAUGACACCUCCUUCGUUACCUCCUCCGAGGAGCUGCACUCCGGCAGUCCCUCCCGCAGUAGCUCCUCCCUCUCCUUCCAGAGCACCCCGCCCCCUCAGCCGAGCCCCGCCCCCUUCGGCCAGCCCCUGAUGAACGGCCUGGGCCGGGGGGGGCUGUGCGACGGGCUGCUGGGCGGGGGGGGCGGCCACUCCGCCCUGGCCCUGGCCGGGAGUCCUCAGCUGGGCCUCGGCGGCGGCGGCGGCGCGCUGGGCGGCCUCAACGGGGUCAUCCAGUCCCCCGCGCACAACGCCCCUCCGCAGCCCGCGCUGCCUGCCCUCCGGCCCCAGCCGCCCCCACUCAACGUCCAGGCUUUGGCCCAGGGCCUUCAGCUGCCCAAGAGCCUGAGCCCGUCCUCCAUGCUGUCUGAGCAGCAGAAGCAGUUGCUCCUCCAGCAACAACAGCAGCAGCUCCAGCAGUUCCUCACCUCGCAGAACUUCACUCCUGAACAGCAGGUGGUGGUGUACCAGAUGUUGCAGCAGCAGAGACAAAGAGAGCUACAGCGCCUCACGCUGACGGGGGGGCUCAGCUCCACCUCGGCCUCCAACAUGAUCGCCCAGUCCCCCGUCCUGCUGUCCUCCUCCACCACCACCACCCCCCCGCUGCUGCCUGGUAGUCAAGGCAACGGCGCUGGCCUGUUUGGGCUGCAAGACACUGCACUUCACAAGACCGGGGCCGCAGGCGAGAAGGGUGGCGACAAGAAUGGGUAGCUGUUCAGGACGCGGGAGGACUAACACAGGUCGUUGAUUGGACGUAGCUUAAAUCAGGAUGGAUCAGGUGCAACUGAAACUGCUGCACCUUGAAGAGCAGAGGUUAACGCUGGUACCUCAUGUGAGACUUUUUUUAACAGUCUUCUCUUGUUUUUUCUUAUCAUCUCUAUCUUACGGCCUGUUUUUAUGAAUGUAUCAUGGGAUGGAGUUCAAGGUGAAGCGUUUUUUCUGUAUAUUUGUGUUUGUAUGUUUUUUUAUAUUAUUUCCGUGGUUCCUCUUCUAUUUUUGUGUAGGCAGCUUACAGAGAGAGUGGUCUCUGAUUGAAUUGCACUAAUUUGUCGACUAGACCAAUUGAGCAGCUUUUUCGUCGGCCGGGAGCCAAUCCCUGAAGCUGUUCUGAGGUCUUAAUGGAUAAGACCCGCCAAUAAGUUUGAACUAUAUAUAUCUAUACGAGGCCAAAAUGCUCCUCAUUCGACUGCUCACGCCUUGACCAUGGUUCAAGCACCCAACGCCUGGACCAACAGUACCACCCAGCCGGGGUCCGUCUCUGGAUCAUUUGGAUCUUUGAUCUCACGUCACCUCUCGAAAACCUCAGAAGUCUUCCUUCUUGACACCCUGCCCUCCCUUUGUUUACACCUCACUCAAAAUGAAAUUCUAUAUAUUGCUGCGUCCUAAUAGCACUUAUUGUUUGAUUGAUAACGACACCACAGUUUUGACAUGUUGGCGCUUUGUUACCAUCACACUGUUUUGAAAGAAUCGUAACCUCAGAAGUGGUUGCCGGGAUCACUUUCCUUAACGAUUAAAUAUAGUUUUGGUGGAAUUCAUUAAUUGCUGCAUUGCAACAAUUGUCUAAUUUAUAAUUCAAAUGCCUUUCUGGUGUUAAAUUGAGACUGAAAGCUAAACCAACAUGUCAAAAAUGUCUUCUUUUGUUUAAUCCCUUGUAGGAAUUUAUAGAUAAAUUAUAUCCCACAUGUUGCUAGUGAGAUUAAGCAGGCUAAACCAAACUUUUGCAACUUGUAAGAAGAAAUUAACUGUAUAUCUUAAACCAGUGAGCACUUUGCAUAUUAGUAGCGAGCAGAGACAAGUUAAUCAUCCACAAAGUACCUUCCCUGAAGAAGAUUGGUACUUACGGGCCAAUAGUGGCUGUCAAGUUCCUUGUGUAAAUUCGUAUUUUGCACUCUGUACAGGGGCCUGUAAAAGAAAGCUGACUUUAAGCUAACAUUCUGUUCCUAAGGAAUCUCAGAAUUGUGUGAAUUGUAAUGGUUCUUAAAGGUGUUGUGUUUAGGAUUUAGUGGCAUCUAGUGGUGAGGUUGCGGAAUUGCAAUCAACUGAUCCUCAACCUUCCCUUUCCACCGACAAAAGGUUAGCUAUGGUGGCCUGUAAGGUGCUUGUAGUUAGUUCCAAAAUGAUCAUGAAUCAUCAUCUACGACAGUGUAGAGUAGCCAAAUGUCAAGGGAUGAGGUUCCUUGAAAAAUAAUUUAGUUUUUAAAUCUAUUAAACAAUAGAUCACAGUUUACAAGUAAGAUAUGAUUAGAGAUGAGAUGAUAGAUUAUGAUGAAAUUGCUAACUCGACAUAUCUAGAGCCAUUUUGUCCAUUCUAGGCUACCAUAGAAACAUGGUGGUGGAACAUGGCGGGCUCCCUGAAAGAGGCCCCGCCCCCUAGGUAGAUAUAAAGGCUUGUUCUAAGAUUACUAAAAGACAACAAUUUGUGUUUUCAUGGAAUAUUACACAAAUUAAAACAAUUUCUGCCAGGUCCAUUUCACUAGUUGCCACUGAAUUUUAAUCGCUGCACUGCUAAAGCCUGCCCGAGAAUGGACACUGUUCACUGUUCACACUGAAACCUACACAGGGUAAAGUGAACACAAACUCCAAAAAGACCUAGCGUUGCCCCUUCGGUCUCGAUCUAUUUCUCCUAAACCGCGUCCUCCAUCAGGCCCCUGAAGUCUAUGUCGGGUUUAGAUUAGUUAAGUUGUUGCUUUAUUUUUGUAUUUAUUUUUACUCAAACUCGUAGAUACUGUAUGUUUUUCUGCUCAGCAUUUCAAUGUUAAUUUAGCAAUACUGGAUAGUUAAUGCCUUAAUGAUGCUAGAUAUGAAGAAAAAAAAUCAAGAGCCCAAAGGCUCACUCCUUUCUCCCUUGUUUUUUACUUUGAUAUUGUCUUUUAUACAGGGUAUGUGGUGGAUUUAGUAACAUUAAAGCACUCUUCCACAACCCAUUUCUAGUUUCUAUAGGCAACAGUGAUAACAGUUGAACGAUGUGAUGAACUGUAGUUGAUAAGAAAUGUCUAUUCAUUUUGUAUUGUAAGUAUAUCUUAAGAUGAUGCAAUGUUAUUUUUCUUGCUGUGUACCUUGUAGAGGGGAAAAAAAGACUGGUUUUCAAACCGGUCACAAAGCAGUCACGGCAUAUGCUUUAGCGUUUGCUCUGACUGACUGGCGCGCCGAUAAGGAGGGCUAAGCUCACCAGUGUAGCUGUUAACAUCUUUAAUAACAGUGCAAUGCCCAUGUAGUUACUGAAAUACCCCGGCUGACCUUUACUGGUGUGUUCUGCUGAGGCCCGAGUUCCUAACCCAACAGUUUUACUCUGAAAAGCUCUCCCAUCCCUUACAGUCCUUUACAGUGAGGCACGUCUGUCAAGCUCAUUGACUGAUGAAGGCUAACUUAUAGUACCUCAGACUAUUCGAUUCUCGUCACUCAUUCUGGUAUAUCGUUACAUGUGAUCUUUACAAUAUCAAUAGUAAUCUCCCAUACAUGUGAUGUCUGUAUUCCAGAUGUGUUUUUUUUUACCUUGUCAUCAGGAAACUUCAAGAAGCCUAUCAUUAUGGUAACAAAUACUGUAGCAAUGACUGAAGGAGAAUGUUCAUGUCGAUAACCCAUUGAGCCCACAUGUUGACAUGCAUUUGUGAAUUUAUGAGUUUGUACCAAGUAGCCUAUGUUUUUUUUUUACGAGUUGUUUCACGACCGAAACGUUUGAGACAUGUACAAAAGCUUGACUGAGUACUGCAAAGGAUUUUUUAAGGGUUUCUUUCCCAUGUUGCACUGGGGCAUAUAGGCCCGCUUGUAUAACGUUACCUGUUUUUUUUUUCUUUUUGGGGUUAUUUCCAUUUAGUACUUUUCUAUUUUUUGGAGUAAAGGUUGUAUACUAUAGUGUAUGUUUGUGUAAAACACAGCCGUUCUUUAGGAUUUGGAGCUUGGGUAACCCAUGUCAUCAUUGUUGUAGGCCUACUGUGUUUCCUUUUGUGUAUAUUACAACAGUUCUUAACAGCUGGCAUUGAAUGAUGUUGGACAAAGAAUGAGUUUCCAUUGGCAUUAGAAUUGCAUGAAAUGUGAUUUUAAACUCAAAUGUAUUGCUAAAUACCAAUUAUAACUAUGCAUAGAUUUUAAAUGCAUUGUUCCCUGAAAAAAUCGCAAAGCACUGAAUUUUCAAAAGGACAAGCACGUUGUCAUUAAACAUUGUAUUUAUUGAUCAUUGAUCAAAAAGGAAUUAGACAAUAUUCUGAGUAAUUGCCCCAUAGGCUGAAUUAUUUUGAUAUUUUUGUGUGUAAAAUAAAAAAUAAUGUAUGAAGACAA